CAAAGGCAAGGUUAUCACAUGUAUCCGAGAGCUGCCAGGGAAAAGCAGGAGCCACAGUUAUCAAAGUUGGAAACUUUAUGAAAUAUGCUUUUGUCUCCGUUUUUGUUGCGCUCAAUCAGAUCAACAAGUGUUGGCUAAGUGUUGAGCGUGGUUUCCUGUGGGAUUGUGUAAGGCCUUGCAGGACAAUAAACGUUUUGGGGGCACUGAGUAAUGUAGCCAUUUCUGACCCAGCAGCCGGGAAAAUGUGAGACAAUUCGCUACUGCUGGAAGGAGGACGGCUGGGGCUGGGUUCCUGCAGGAGCACAUUAACUUCACCGCGGUGGACCCUGGCGGCGGAACAAGACAAAAAUGGACGACAGUAUGGAUACAAAAUCCAUUCUAGAAGAGCUUCUUCUCAAAAGGUCACAGCAAAAGAAGAAAAUGUCGCCAAAUAAUUACAAAGAGCGGCUUUUUGUUUUGACCAAAACAAACCUCUCUUACUACGAAUAUGACAAAAUGAAAAGAGGCAGCAGAAAAGGAACAAUCGACAUUAACAAAAUCAGAUGUGUGGAGAAAGUCAGUCUUGAGGAGCAGACCCCCGUGGAGAGACAGUACCCGUUUCAGAUUGUCUAUAAAGAUGGGCUUCUCUAUGUCUAUGCAUCGAAUGAAGAGAGCCGAAGUCAGUGGCUGAAAGCAUUACAAAAAGAGAUAAGGGGCAACCCCCACCUGCUGAUCAAGUACCACAGUGGGUUCUUCGUGGACGGGAAGUUCCUGUGCUGCCAGCAGAGUUGCAAAGCGGCCCCGGGAUGUACUCUCUGGGAAGCAUAUGCUGAUCUGCACAUUGCAACCAAGGAAGAGAAACAUAGAGCUCCUACCUUCCCAGACAGAGUGCCCAAGAUUCCUCGAGCAAUUCCUAUUUUCAAAAUGGAGGAACCAUCUUCAAGUACCACUCUAGCCCAGUAUGACAGUGAUUCAAAGAAAAACUAUGGCUUCCAGCCAAACGUCAAUAUGCCGUAUAUUCCAAGAGAAGACUGCCCUGACUGGUGGCAAGUAAGAAAACUGAAAAGGAAAUGCUUCACUGUACCAGUAAUACAGCCUCAGGGCCAUAUGGAACUUGAAAGGACCAGUGAAGAUUUCACCUGCAGUAGCCAGACAGAAGGAAAUGUUGUGACUCACAACACCUCAAAGAUAUCAUGGGGAUUCCCUGAGUCAAGUUCAUCUGAAGAAGAGGAAAACCUGGAUGACUAUGACUGGUUUGCAGGUAACAUCUCCAGGUCACAAUCUGAGCAGUUACUGAGACAAAAGGGAAAGGAAGGAGCAUUUAUGGUUAGAAAUUCCAGCCAGGUGGGAAUGUACACAGUGUCCUUAUUUAGUAAGGCUGUGAACGAUAAAAAAGGAACCGUCAAACAUUACCAUGUGCACACAAAUGCUGAGAACAGAUUGUACCUGGCAGAAAACUACUGUUUUGAUUCCAUUCCAAAGCUUAUUCACUAUCAUCAACACAAUUCAGCAGGCAUGAUCACACGGCUCCGCCACCCUGUGUCAACAAAGGCCAACAAGGUUCCCAGCUCCGUGUCCUUGGGAAGUGGAAUCUGGGAACUGAAAAGAGAAGAGAUUACCCUGUUGAAGGAGCUGGGAAGUGGCCAGUUUGGAGUGGUCCAUCUGGGCAAGUGGAAAGGGCAGUAUGAUGUUGCCAUUAAGAUGAUCAAGGAGGGCUCUAUGUCAGAAGAUGAAUUCUUCCAGGAGGCCCAGACCAUGAUGAAACUCAACCAUCCCAAGCUGGUGAAAUUCUAUGGAGUGUGCUCAAAGAAAUACCCUAUAUACAUAGUGACUGAAUAUAUAACCAAUGGCUGCUUGCUUAAUUACCUGAAGAGUCAUGGAAAAGGACUUGAACCCUCCCAGCUCUUAGAAAUGUGCUAUGAUGUUUGUGAAGGCAUGGCCUUCUUGGAGAGCCACCAGUUCAUACAUCGGGACUUGGCUGCUCGAAACUGUUUGGUAGACAGUGAUCUCUCUGUGAAAGUAUCUGACUUUGGAAUGACAAGGUAUGUUCUUGAUGACCAGUAUGUCAGUUCAGUAGGAACAAAGUUUCCAGUCAAGUGGUCAGCCCCCGAGGUGUUUCACUACUUCAAAUACAGCAGCAAGUCAGACGUAUGGGCAUUCGGGAUCCUGAUGUGGGAAGUGUUCAGCCUGGGGAAGCAGCCCUACGACCUGUACGACAAUUCCCAGGUGGUGGUGAAGGUCUCCCAGGGCCACAGGCUCUACCGGCCCAAACUGGCCUCGGACACCAUCUACCAGAUCAUGUACAGCUGCUGGCACGAGCUUCCAGAAAAGCGUCCCACAUUUCAGCAACUCUUAUCUUCCAUGGAACCACUUCAGGAAAAGGACAAGCCUUGAAGAAGAACUGAGGAGAUCGGAUGAGAAUGAAUAUAAAUGGCCAACAUCUUCAUUCUUUCUAAGGAAAGUAACAAGGCACAGACAGUGCAAUCUAGCUAGUUCUUCUUAAUGGUAUUCUGUGUGCUGUGUAUCUGUUAUAUUAUCUAGAAAUGAACAAGGUAGCAAACAAAAGAUUUCCUUGGAAUGCAGGUCAAAUUAGUGAUUUAGUUUAUGCUGUUCUUAAUAUUACACUUCCCAGCCUAUAGCAGAAGCACAUUUUCUGAUUGCAGUAGAGAGAGUGUAUGUACCAUGUGUAAAGAUUGAACAGAAUUGAAAAAUUACUUGUUGGAUAUUUGUUCUUUUCUUUAUAUUGUCACUCUCAUGAUAAUUAAAAAUGCUAUU